AUGGACUUUAAAACAACAGUUUCUCCGCUUCUCAUGCUGCUUCUGGGCGUCUGUAAUGCUCACUAUGGCAAUGAUCACGGUGCUGCUGAUGAGAUCUCAAUGGAUACGUCUUCAUUGGAGGACAUUACCACAACUAUUCUGAAAAUGAACAAUGGAUCUAAGGAUUUUCUGCUUGAGGGAGAUGUGUUGAUUCCAAGAACCAGGAAUGCUAUGAGGUGCUUUAAUGAAGCGUAUACCUGUCUGUGGCCAAAGUCUUAUAACGGGAAGGUGGAAAUCCCUUUCCUUUUAAGUGAAAAAUAUGAUGACACUGAGAGGAAUCAGAUUUUAGGAGCCUUUAAGGACUUUGAAUCUAAGACCUGCAUUCGCUUCAUUCCUCGUGUGACUCAGAGGGCUUACUUAAGCAUCGAACCAAGAUAUGGCUGUGCCUCUUUACUGGGUUACACUGGAGACAAGCAGGUGCUGUCACUACAGAGGUUUGGCUGCAUACGUCAAGGCAUCAUCCAGCACGAGCUGCUGCACGCACUGGGUUUCUACCACGAACACACUCGGAGCGACCGCGACCUGUACGUCAGAAUCAACUGGGAAAACAUCAACGAAUAUUUUGUCUACAACUUCCGAAAGAAGGACACGAAUAAUCUCAACACUCCCUACGACUACUCCUCUGUAAUGCACUAUGGAAGAACUGCCUUUGGAAAGUCGGGACUGGAAACCAUAACUCCCAUCCCUGAUCCCUCUGCUCCCAUCGGCCAGAGGGAUGGCCUAUCCAGAAUCGACAUUCUCAGGAUCAACAGACUCUACAGGUGCUAG